AUGAGGCGUAGAGAUGGUUGCUCAUGCCUUCGUGCGGUGCGCGGUCGCUAUUACACUGGAGAUCUUAUUUUGAUCGUUGUCGUCACUGGUAUCGUGGUCUUGAGCACCGUCGGACCUCACAAUGUGUAUACAGCAUUCACGACAGUUCGUAGCAGUUUGGCGUCUUUGCUGGGCGUGCCGGAGUACGAUUCUGCUGAUUCGACCUUUCUCGCUUGCACGCUUGCAGAGCCCGUUUCAAGCCACCGGAACCGAAUUGACUCAAGUCAAUGCAAAGGAUUUCCAGAGCCUCCGUUUGGUUCCUACCUCACCCUGAACGCCUCCGCAGACUCCGCUGAAACGUACUACGGACGUUACGAUCAACCUGUCCCGUUCAGACGCGUCGUCGAUGAGAUCGAUGGCAAAGCGCGAAAGCGCGAAGCAUCAAGAACAGCAAUAGUCCUUCGCGCUUGGGAUCAAUUCUCCUGGACUGACGACGAUGUCCGCAAUGUACGGUCCCUCAUCUCCGAAGUGUCUCUUCUUGGCGAGGAUUACAGCGUCUACAUUCUGCUCCAGAUCAAAGACGAUGUGGCUCCCGGGCAAGAGUUGGAAACGGCUAAAUUGAGACUUAUUCCUGGCGAGUUUGCAAAUAUCACGGAGGCAUGGACAACAUUGGACAGCCAGAACGCGUAUCCUGCAGUGGGCGAACACCAAUUCUAUUAUCAUGCGUUCAUGGCGCUGCAGAUGUUUGCAGAUAGACAUCAAGAAUUUGACUACUAUUGGAACUGGGAGAUGGAUGUCCGCUUUACGGGUCGUUACAACUCUCUGUUUCCAUCGUUGUCGACCUGGGCAGAACAACAGCCCGAUGACGGUCUUUGGCGGCGGAAUACGCGCUUCUUCAUGCCGUCUGUUCAUGGCUCCUUUGACGACUUCACCAAAUCAACUAUCGCCUCCACUGCAGACUUUCCGGAAGCCUCACCGUGGAUCACAGACACCUUUGAAGGAGCGUAA